AUGGUGAAGCUAGCUUCGGCACGUGAGGUCAGAAUGUACGGCCCGAGGCCAGCCCGAAACAGAGCCGAGUACAUAAAUGCGGGGCUGUACAUCUUCGCCACGAUCGUGCUGGUUUGCGGGUUCGCGGCCCAGUUUUCAAUGAAUCCCAAAUCGGGGCUCGUUCUUUUACUCAUUUCCUCGGCGAUUAUAAUCGCUGUGAAUAUGCACGACCUCGUGGCCCACCUGGCCGGCAUCGACUACCGGCUCUCGCUGAUGGGCUUCGACACGCAGCUCGCACUCGUGGAGUUUUCCGCCCCCCUGGUCCAGGCCCUCGGUACCCUUCUAUUCUUCCUGGGGAUUCUGUUUCUUUUCCUCCAGGAAGAGAAGGGAUAUGGAUACGUCAAGCUGGAGACACAUGCUCUGAACAUGCUAAUCGCUGGACCUGUGUUGUGGGUCCUGGGUUCGAUCCAUAACUCUUGCCAGAUCUACGAGAGAUCUGGCGGUCACAUUCAGGUCCUACAAGAGAGCGUCCACGUUCCCUUCCUCAUGGGCAGUUGCUGUUCCUGGUUGGUGCAAUUCUUAACGGUCAAGAGCAGGCUGGCUUAG